CUGUACUAUGUCCGCAGUCUCUGGUCAUCCCCUGUACUAUGUCUGCAGUCUCUGGUCAUCUCCUUUAGUAUGUCUGCAGUCUCUGGUCAUCUCCUGUAGUUUGUCCGCAGUCUCUGGUCAUCUCCUGUAUAUGUCCGCAGUCUCUGGCCAUCUCCUGUACUAUGUCCGCAGUCUCUGAUCAUCUUCUGUACUGUGUCCGCAGUCUCUGGUCAUCUCCUUUAGUAUGUCCGCAGUCUCUGGCCAUCUCCAGUACUAUGUCCGCAGUCUCUGGUCAUCUCCUGUACUAUGUCCGCAGU